AUUAUCCAUUGGUAAACGGAAAGACGUUCAAGGUGAAAUCAUAAUUCUGUUAAUAAUUGUCUCUAUACAUAUAGAGACGACGAUAUUGUAAGAUUUACUGUUUUCCGCGUAUUACGUUUAUUCUUCAUGUCUACUUCUAAAAACAAGUUAUCUAAUGCGGUACCGAACAGACCCAUUAUAAAAUGGUUACUACGUCAAACAACACAAAUGUGCGAACUUCAGAGAAUUUGUUACGGAGAACCAUCUGGAGCACCACGGACGUUAGCUGUAGAAGAAUCUCUUAAAUUGUCUAGAAAUGCUAAUAUCAAAACUCUUGUGGCUCACUUGAAUGAUCUUGCGGAUCAGCAUGCAAUAACAACUAAAACAGAACGCAAAAUCUUAGAAGAAGCUAUCAGAACAGUGUUGGUGACUAAGAAAAUAAAUCCAACCGCGCAUCCUGAUUUUGCUAAAUCAUUUGGCAAGUGUGUAGAAUUAAUUUGGGGCUAUAGACAACUUUGCGCAGAAUGCGAAGAACUUAGAAAAACCCCGUAUGAUGCUGACAAUCCUGAACAUGAAUUGUUAUUGUUAAAAUUGUGGAACUUGUUGAUGCCUUAUGAACCUUUAGAUGCCAGAGUUACUAAACAAUGGCAAGAGAUUGGAUUUCAGGGAGAUGAUCCAAAAACAGACUUUCGAGGAAUGGGAAUUCUGGGUUUAGAAAAUUUAGUUUAUUUUGCUCAGGAAUACCCAAGUGCUGCGACGCAUGUAUUAUCCCAUUCUACUCAUCCACGUUACGGUUAUGCAUUUGCUAUUGUUGGUAUAAAUUUAACAAGUAUGGCUCUAAGAUUGUUAAGAGAUGGAACUGCUAAGACUCAUAUUUAUAAUUCUUCAAAAACUUUACCGACGAUUCGUGCCUUUCAUCAGUUUUAUUGUUAUCUGUUUUAUGAAUUUGAUGGGUUUUGGAUUGAUUCAAAACCAAGCAACAUGAUGGAGUUCUCCUCCAUACAAGAAAAAUUUGAAAAUAGUAUCAGAAUGGCAUUAGCUGAUUCGUCUACAGUCUUUAGGAUAAAUAUAUCGGUUGAUAAUGUUUAAAAUAGGUGGAAUAUUUUCUGUUGAUAAGACCAAAAAUGUCGUACAGGGAAUGAAUGUAAUGUAGAUACAUUUUCAUAAACUAUAAACGAUGUAAAACAGUUAUUUUCGAGUCACUAAGUUACAGUAAGAUGUAAAGAAGCUUAAAACAUUUCAUAUUAUAUUUUUACUUAAUGUUUCUACUGGCUUAUAUCGAUAAAACUAAUAAAAGAGAUUCAUACGUUACCUAAUGAAUUUGAAAGAGUUGAAAGAAUUCAAACAAAUUCAUUUGUUUGAUAUAAAUAAGUUGAAGUACAAUGUAUAUUACAAGUAAAUAUGUCGUUUUAAGUUUAUUUUUAUUUACUUUAAAUAAAGCGAA